AUUUUUUAAAUUUGAAUAUUUUACUCAGUAGCUCGAGGAAGCAACUUCGGAAUAUGCAGUGUAUUUCGGGCUUGUGUAAAACGUAUGUUAGCUUGUUUUGUCUGUUUGUUGGUUCACAUACAAUUUGUUGGGACUAUUGAGAGCAUUUGAUUGUCUAAUUUAUUAAUCACCUAAUCGGUCUAACUUUUCUCCAAAGGUUUCUUAAGAUACCAACCGUCAAGCUGAAUGCCAGGACUAUCCACAGAAAAUGAUGUGCAAACUGUUGAAAACUAAAGUUAUUUUAUUUCACUCUCAAACUGUGCCAUAGCUUCAGUUAACAACUGUUACAAGCAGCUGUAUAAUUUACAGUGAAUGUAAAAGUAGAGUUAAUCUGAAGUCUUACUGACAGCUCACAAUCUCUUCCAAAUCAUAGUUUUCUGAGUCGUUAACUUGUUGAAAGUUUCAGAAAAAGCUAACAAGUGGACUAUGAUUUGAUGAUUAAUAUUGUAUUUAUUUAUUCUCCUUUUUGUCUUUUUACAGCCGGCAUGGAAGACAAGGCAAAUGGCUCUGUUGACACCAAAAGCCCAGUGGAGAACGGUCAGCUGCCGGACCCUGCUAACUGGGGGGUCGCAGACGUCGUCAAUUACUUCAAAGCAACAGGGUUUGAGGAGCAAGCCACAGCUUUCCAGGAUCAGGAAAUCGAUGGCAAGUCCCUGCUCCUGAUGACGCGUAACGACGUCCUGACGGGGCUGUCGAUAAAGCUCGGCCCUGCGCUGAAAAUCUAUGAGUAUCACGUGAAGCCGCUGCAAACUCAACACCUGAAGAGCAACGCCUCGUAGCACCGCAGGCCGUCCCAACACCCACCUCAGUGACAAUCAUCGUGUCAGGAGACCCCAGGUUAGCUGCCACUUCACAAAGACUCUUUUGGCCACAGCGGCACCUUAACAGGAAUUGAAUGCUGUAUGUUUUUAUAGGCGUGGACCCCAAAAAUGGGUUGCACUUGAAGUCCACUCAGCUGUUUACCCUUUCAGCCAUUCUUUUUUCUGCUGCUUGAGAAAUGUAUUUUAUUUUUUUGUGUGUUUUAUUUAAAGGAAGGAAAUUUUGGGCGAUACUGUGCAGGUAUGAUUUGUGUGUGUGUGUGUGUGUGUGUGUGUGUGUGUGGGGUGUGUGUGUGUGUGUGUGUUUGUGUGUGUUUGUGUGUGUGUGUGUGUGUGUGUCUAUGAAAGCAAAGUGAAUUAACAAAUGUUGGUUUAAAAUAAGUAUUUGUAUAUAAGAUGAUAUAUAGUUGAAAACUGUGUAUGUUGUUGUAUCCAAACACUUUGAUACAUGCAGAUUCUGGUGCAUCCCGUUUUGCCCUAAAAUCAGUUUUUAUGCUCUGAUCUGUGCAGCUGAGUCAGUGAAUCGUCCUUAGCAUGUAACAAUGAAGCAUUUUGUUUUCCCAGACACAAGAAGCCAACUGAAAGCCCCUUUGUUCCUGCACACCUACGUUAUCUAGGCCCAAGGCUCUUGAUAUAAAAAUAUUUAUGUGUAUAUAUUCUUAUUUUGUUCCUACCUGUGGUGCUUUCAGCAUUGUCGCAAGGACAACUGUGUUGAAGUGUGUAUGACCAAUGUAUAUGUGCAACAUAACACUGGAGUUUGAAUAUCUGAAUCAAAGAUUUGCAAUAAAUGGUGCUCUUUUCUCACCAAAGAACAA